CCCCCGCCCUGCGCAUCUCCUGUAAACAUCCUGGUGGGAGCUGAGUGGCCCUGGGCUGCCUCCGUCAGAGAUGACACAGGUGUUUGCUGCCUGGUCCUGGUCGCUCUGAGCCUGUGGCCGGAGAGAGCUGCUGCCCCGGGGCCGCCGCCUGGCCCCCCACGGGCCUCCCCAGACCCUCGGGCUGAGCUGGACAGCGCCGUGCUCCUGACCCGCUCGCUGCUGGCGGACACCCGGCAGCUUGCCGCACAGCUGAGAGACAAAUUUCCAGCCGACGGAGACCACAACCUGGACUCUCUUCCCACCUUGGCCAUGAGUGCAGGAGCCCUGGGAGCCCUACAGCUCCCCGGUGUGCUGACGCGGCUGCGGGCAGACCUGCUCUCCUACCUGCGGCACGUGCAGUGGCUGCGGCGGGCGGGCGGCCCUUCCCUGCGGACCUUGGAGCCGGAGCUGGGCUCCCUGCAGGCCCGGCUGGACCGACUGCUGCGCCGGCUGCAGCUCCUGAUGUCUCGCCUGGCCUUACCCCAAGCACCCCCAGACCCACCAGCUCCCCCGCUGGCCCCCCCAGCCUCAGCCUGGGGAGGCAUCAGGGCGGCUCACGCCAUUCUUGGGGGCUUGCACCUGACCCUUGACUGGGCCGUGCGGGGCUUGCUGCUGCUGAAGACUCGGCUGUGACCGGCCGCAAAGAACCACCAGCGUCCUUCAAUGCCACAUCUUAUUUAUUUAUUUAUUUUGGGACUAAGGGCAUGGAGGCCGGGAGGCACCCCCCUCUUCUCCUGCCCCUAAUUAGAGACGGUCCCUCCAGGAGACCUGGGCAGAGUGGUGGGGGGGCAACUGUGCCUUAUUUAUACUUAUUUAUUUAAGGGGGCGGGUGGACUUGGGGAUCAAAGGGGGAGGGAACUGAGUCCUGGAUUCUUGAAUCUCUAAGACGUCUGGCCACAGUGUUUCCCUGUCUCCCACGCCUCUGGGCCUGGGCAGGAGCAUAUAUUAUUUAUUAAACAAUUACUUUUUGUGUUGGGGUGGGGAGGGAAGGGAAAGGAAACCUGGGUUUUUGUACAAAAUGUGAGAAACCUUUGUACGAUACAGAAAGGGGAAUUAAAUUUGUCAUACACAUCCACUUACAGGUGAUUUGUCUGAGGCCUGGGGGCUGGGGUCCCUGGAGCAGGGACCCUUAGUGGGCAGGACAGCAGAGGAGAGAUGGUUGAUCCUCCAGGGGAGGGUCUCAGCCUCAUCUGGUACGUAGCACUUCAUAGGCACUCAAUAGAUAUUUAAUGGAAGGUUCCAGAGGGUCAUCCAGUGCCCUACAGUACUUGUACAUAACAAAACUGCAAAUUUGAGGUCGUUCAUUAUGGCGGUGUCCAGAACAGCAAAUUGGAAACAACCUAGAUGUUCAACAAUGAGGGAUGGUUUAAUAAAUGACACCUGUGUGUGAUGGAAUAACAGCCACGAAGGGGGGAUGAUACAGAGGUGGCUUUAAGACAUAGAGAAAGCAUGUCUUCUCUGCAUGAUUCCCACUUUGUGUUCGGAUGGAUGGAU